AAACUGUUUUGACAAUUACGUGCUUGUUUGACCAUUCACCUCCUCCUCCCCCACCCGGUCCUCCUCGCUCCCCAAAUUUCUUGGCUGACAUUUCCGUUCAGGAGCUCGUCAGCUCGGCGCGCAGCCCGCAGGAGGUGUGGUGGGUGGUCGGAGGACUCAAUCUUUGUUCUUCUGCCACGAGGAGAUCGAGAAUUGUAGAAGAAUAAACAAAAAAAGAAUCAAAAUAAGAAAUAUACAAUAAUCAAGACAAACCACGGAAACUGUAGCUGUAGUGUGAUCUUCUAAAACAACACAAAAGCUUCACCACACCGCAAACGUUUAUCAUUGGUCUCGGUUUCUCGACGUCUCCAUUCUUUUUCUCUAUUUCUCUUAAUCUCUACUACUGUCUCGUACUUGCUCGAUUUGGACACACCGCGGUUAGGCUUCUUUGAAUAAGGUGGCACUAACCGCGGAAUGCGACAGCAUUCCAUGGCCAAUCCAAAGAAAAUACAGGAGCUGGUGCACGAGUGCAACGUGCAACUUGCACUCUUCCGUGUAGCAACACAAGGAAUCGGAACCGCCCAAGAUGGUGCAUCAUUAAGGAGGGAAGUCGAAACAGCGGGUCGAGCCUGUCAGAAAGCAGUUGAAGCAGCAAAUAAUGUUGUUCUUCCGCAGUUAAGGGCAGAUGAAGCAGAAAUAGCUCGUCAUGGAUCAUUAUUUAUUGGAUGUGUUGGUGCAUAUCUGAUAGAAAUGAAACGUUGUGUAAAGUUGGAAAAAACAUUUCCUGCUCCAACAGAACCAUCAGUAACACCUCAACAAGUGGAAAGAGUUGAAGUCAUUUUGGAUACUCUUGAGAAUUUAAUAACGGUGCAUUAUUCGACAAAUGAGCAACCGUGUUUGGAUAAGUUGCAAGUAACACCACGAAGAAGGAGAGCCACAUCGUGUCGACCGCAGUGCGUAUGUUCAAAAUUGAAAACGAGUUAUGCAUGAAAAAUGAAUAAUGAGCUCGAAUUUCACAAUUAUCAAAACGGAUCAACAAGCCCCGCCCACUUUUCUUUCGGUUUUCUUCACGUUUUUCUCUACGCCAAUGUUUCUUUCUUAUAGGUGCAGACAUUGCUUGGCUUCAUCUCCAUCUGGUGUCUUCCAUUCUUAAAGCCAC